AUGUCAGAAAAAACAUCAGUUGACGCUUUCGAGAGUUUUCAUAAAGGAGUUUUUCUAGUCCACGAAACGCUCCGUUCUGGUAUGGACCAAAUCCUGGAGCAUGCACCCAAAGUUUCCUGUUCAGAUGUCCCGAAUUUUAUUGGUUAUGUUAAAGCCUUCAUUGCCCAUCUCACGACUCAUCAUGAUCACGAGGAACUCAUAAUCUUUCCUGCAAUCAAACCAAAAAUUCCCAUUGACGAAUUUCUCGAAGACCACCGGAAACUUAAUAAGGUGCUUAAUAGCCUAUCUGAUUAUACGACACAAGUUACCAAGAAAAAGGUGACUUACGAAUCUGCCAAAGUUGUUGAGUUUAUAACACAAUUAGGCGAUAUCGUUCGUCCGCACUUAAAACACGAAGAAUCCGUUUUUACCGUUGAAUCUCUGAGGGAAAAUAUGACCAAGGAAGAACUUGAAAAAAUUAACAAUGACAUCGCUGAUUCCAUUAAGAAGGAAGGUGGUGCAACCACUACUCUUCCAUUCCUGCUUCAUCAUUUGGAUCAAGAGGGCAGACAAUUCAUGGUCUAUGAUUCAAUGCCUAAACCAGUUAGAGUCAUUCUCCUUCCUGUAUUUGUCAAUUGGCAUAAAGGCUACUGGAAAUAUGCUAAAUAUCAGUCCCUAUAA